UUAACCUUCAGAAAUGCUCACUUUAAAAGUUGUUAGGAUGGUCCUGAAGGCAAAUCUAACUUGGGCUUGUUUAUCUCUCCUACUGCUCCUGAGGCGGUUACAGCAGUUCUGCAGAGUCCUGAACUGGGCUGGUGCAGAGCAGCCAACCCUUGCUGUCAAUGACGUUCAGAAGUGAAGACAUUUUGAACCUCCGCACUUCCUGGCAUGCGUUUAUUUUAUCAUACGUGUUCUGUGUCUUACUUGGCUGCCUGCAGGUUUCACUGGAAACACCAGACUCAGUGAUGCCGAUUUGAUCAGGAAUGGCAGAGAAGAGCAGGAGGAGGAACACAAGGAUGAGGUUUGAGCUUUCCUUGCUUCUUCUGGGGCUCAUGCUGUGCGUGGUUGGCACCGCUGCACAGGAGGAGGAUGCUGAAGCAGAGGAAGGCCCAGCUCCCGGUCAAGAAUUCCUGGUGGAGAUUUCUGGAACUACAGUGACCAUCACGUGUCCCAUAACUGAGAGCAACAUAGUCUGGAAGUCAACUUUGUCAAAACCAGAUGACAAUGUUAGGAAAUACGUCAUAGAGAAUUAUGACAGCUCUCCUGUCAAUGUGAGUUGUUCUUCAGGUGAUCAGAAGCAUAGUAUGUACCUGAAUGCCAGAGUGUGCACAAAUUGUGAGGAGCUGGAUACCUUAGCUGUGAUGGGGAUCAUCACUGCAGACCUUCUCAUCACCCUUGGGGUACUGAUUCUGGUCUAUUACUUCAGCAAGGACAGGAAGGGGAAAGCCAGCGCUGGUGCCGGCAGCCGGCCACGAGGCCAGAAGAUGCAGCGUCCUCCUCCUGUUCCUAACCCAGACUAUGAGCCCAUCCGGAAGGGCCAGCGGGAAGUGUAUGCAGGCCUGGAACCCAGGGGCUUCUGAAAUUCCCAUGGAUGACAGGCUGGAAAACAGUGGCAGAGGGGCUGAGUGCUUCUGUGCAGCUUGAUACCGGAUCUCUGCUGUCGUCCUGAGCCCCAGGCAUUUGGGGAUAAGCUAGAUGGCUACACAGCACAGGCACCGUACUGCCAUCAGCUGUCCCACCUUGACGUGCUCCUUCUGCCUUCAGGCUGACACUAGGGAAAAGGAACAGACGAACACAUUGGCAAGAGAGCUUUUCCUUCUCGUUAAAGGACUGAAGCCUUGCUUGUGGUUCCUCGCCUCCUUUUCCCUCACACUUCUUUCUCUCUGCUCUGGGACUUUCUCCUCUAUUUUGUUCUUUGCCAUGGGUGCCUCCACUUGCUGCUCAUGCCUCCCCGGGUAGCUGACAGCUACAGAGUGAUGGUUCUCAGAGCACCUGGCCUCUGACCCUGUCCUGCUCUCCUACUCAUAGCUUGUCUUGACUCUCGCUGCCCAGGAUUGUGACAGAAGGCAGCUAGUAUAUUAAGCACAAAAUAGAAAAGCCACUGCUUUGAAUACAAAUAUUUUAGUCAAAAAAUGAUUUUGCCUUUAAAAGAAUGAGAAACCCUUCUCCCAGUACAUGGGGCCUGGCCCAGUCAUCCCCAGCCCGGUCCAGCCACCCCCAGCCCUUCUUCUGUGGGAAGUGAGUGGGGCUGAGUACCACUUUGCAUCCAGGGUCCUUUAUGUUUCGGAGCCUCGGCAGAACAUCCUGACAGGGUCACGUGGGGCCUUGGCACCCUCCCAAGCCAUCUGAAAGCUUCCUGGUAGGAAGUUUAAGUGUUUGGCUGAGCAUCAGAUCUUUGUUCCUAUUAAAUUACGGGGCUCCUAGAUAUUUCAGCUGAGAUUGGGCCCCUACCUAACAAUGAGUAUCAGCUUUGCAGUCUGACUGGGACAGCACAAGGGGGAAUUUUGUGUUUCCCAGCUUGGAACUGAGCCCCUUUGGCUGAGCCCCAGACCAGCGCUCUGCCCUGAAAACAGCCUGUUUAGUGGAAUGACAAAGAAUGCAGUGGGGCCACACAGGUGAUGCCCAGGCCCUACGAGAGCCAAGAGAGCAUCAAACCCUUUUGCUAGGUUAUCUUUCUCAUCCCAGAGACUUCUGGGGCAGAGGCUCCAUUCCUACUCCUAUUCUGUAGCGCAGUCCAGCAUAAAAACAUUUUGUGGAGCAUGCUGUACCGUAGGGUACAUUUUGCUGGAGGAGUUUCAUUUUCCUGAGUGGAAAAUUUAUUUUAUUUAUUUUUCCACUUAGAGAUAUCUGUGAUCUGUCCUUUAUUGCUGCCCUUUCUCUCUCCUGUUUCAGCUCUGCCGGGUUCUCUCUCUUAAUAAGAUGGCAGGCUUCUUUGCCAUUGGUAAAGACCUGUUUUAACUUUUGUCAUGUACAUUAAAAAAAAUUGUGAUAGAUUAAUAAAAUGGGAGACAGCUCCCCAAGAUAUGCAUUGGAAAA